AUGCGUGGAUUAUUCGAGAAGAUUUACCCAAACUCAUAUUUGCUUAGAUUUGGUUUCGUUCCCGACAAGAGGGAAGUCCGACGUCACGAUCGAUCUGGAAUACUUGGCCAGAGGAAAAUGCCCUUUGGAGCUGCACACCUCAUCGAUCGAGGCAAGUGGAUUGGUUCCAUUGGUCAAAUCAGACUGAUUGGUAAUGAGACCGCAUCUGAUGGGGAGGAGAUGGUAUGA